AUGGAUAGUCAAAUCUUGUCAAACUCUGCGCUUCUAGCGCAAGUCAUCACACUAUCUGCUGUGGUCGUUGCAUUCCUUGUGUUGCUCCCAAGGCUCAGCCUGCAAUUCAAGUUAUCAAAAUUGCCAGUGUUCGGCCUUUCCACAAACAAUGACAAGCAACGAGCAUUUUUCCUGAAGUAUUGCACAGAACUGUAUCGCAAAGGAUACAAACAGUUCACAAAAUCUGUUUACCGAAUGGCAGCAGAUGAUGACAUACAAUAUGUGGUCAUACCACCCAAGUUUUUGCCCGAGCUCAACAAACUCUCCGACGAUGUUGUGGAUCUUCCUGCAGCUGUCAAAAAGAUGCUUGAAGGUCAAUACACCAAACACGAAACCAACUUUCCGACUUUGAUGCACACUAUAAAGGCUGAUCUUACACCUUCAUUAAAACGCCUCAACGAGCAUAUUUCUGCCGAGAUCGACAACGCUAUGGAACGCUUCAUGCCUCCCUGCGAGGACUGGACUAAACUAGCGAUAUACGAAAAUCUAACAAACAUUAUAGCUCAGGUAUCUGGCCGCCUAUUCGUUGGACCAGAGUAUUGUCGCGACCCCGAAUAUCUCAACAUUGCAGUCAACUUCACGAAUGAAACAACCACUGCAGCUUUCGCAGUCAAGAAUUGCAACAAGUGGCUUCGCCCGUUCAAAGCCUCUCGCCUCUCCGAGAUCCAACAGCUCCAGAACAGACACAAACGGGCUACCAAGUUCUUCGAGCCCAUCAUCCGCCAGAGACAAGAAUCAGACCAGAAGAAUUCCGACGAUAUGUUGCAGUGGUUGAUGGAUCGUGCCAAAUCAAGCAAUAUCUCCAUGGACAUCUCGUCACUGAUCCGACAGCAGCUUACACUUACUGUCGCAGCCAUCCACACCACCGCCAUGACCGCCACCAACAGCUUAUUCUGUCUCGCCGCGAUGCCCGAGUACAUCGAGCCACUUCGCGAGGAGAUCCAGACUGUCCUGGACGACAAUGGCGGGAGCCUCACGCCGCGCGCUCUUCAGCAACUAGUCAAGCUGGACUCCUUUAUCAAGGAGGUCGGCCGCUGGUACCCAUUUAGCAUCAGCAAGCAAAAAAAAACUAACAAACCUCCACCAGCUUCCUUCGCCCGCUACGUCCACAAACCCUUCACCCUCUCCAACGGCCAACACAUCCCCGCCGGCGUAAUCGUCGAAGUCCCCUCCGACGCCGUAAGCUUCGACGCAACCAUUUUCACCAACCCCGACGACUUCGACGGCUUUCGCUUCUACAAAAUGCGCGAAAACGCGAGUACGGCCGAGCUAGCACGCUCGCAGUUGGUCUCGGCCAAUGAACGCGAUAUGCUGUUUGGCUAUGGCAAGCAUGCGUGCCCGGGGCGCUUCUUUGCAGCUAAUGAGAUCAAGACGGUGCUUGUGAGGAUGAUUCUCGAUUACGAUGUCGUGAUGCCGGAUGGAAGGACAGAGAGGUAUGAGCCGAUUCAGGUGGACAGGCAGAUUAUGCCGAAUCCGAGCAAUUCGUUGCUUCUGAGGCGCCGGAGGGGUUAA